AUGGCGUCCACCUCUGAAACCCCUUCCUCCCCCGUACCGGACACCUCGCAUCACGCCCGACCGCCAAACUUAUCCUCCGGCUCCUUCUUCACUUACCCAGUCACCUACGCCGUAUCCGGGCUCCUCCGCCGCCUAUCUACCGAACCACUUCUGCCAAAACUGAUGUCCUCCAACCCCCCAUCCCUCGACAGCUCCCUCACCAUGGAAGGCGUAUACACGCCACCGCGCCGGUACGCCUCGCCCUUCCAGCCGCCACCACUUACGCCCUUGACGCUUGAGGGCUACAAACCCGGCACGAAAGACUCGGCAAAGCUUCUAUCCAGACAGCUGGCAGAGGAGAUAAGGUUGCUGGUUCCGCCGCGGCUGCAGCUCGUCGACGAGUGGAAGCUCGCAUACAGCCUGGAGCAGAACGGCGUGAGUCUCGCGACGCUGUACAAGAGCUGCGAGGAGUAUCGCGGGAAGCGCGGAGGUUACGUCCUUGUAGUGCGAGACAGUGGCGGUGCUGCCGGCCCUGUUCAGAUUUUUGGCGCAUAUCUCUCCGACCCGCCCCGCCCACACCCCCACUUCUACGGCACAGGCGAAUGCUUCCUCUGGCGAUCCUCCGUGCUCCCGGCACUCCCGGACCUGUCCUCGCUGCCUCCUCCGCCGUCCGCGGACACGACGUACGCGCAGCGGCAUACGACGAUCGGGGUUCCGAAGAGCACGAAUGGCAAUAGCGCGCUAAGUCCGCCGGCUAGCAAUGGGGGUAGCAGGAGCGGGACGAGCACGCCGGAAAGAAUACGGUUUAAAGCGUUUCCGUACAGUGGAGUCAAUGAUUAUAUGAUCUUUUGUGAGGCGGGGUAUUUGAGUCUUGGGGCUGGGGACGGCCAUUACGGACUGUGGCUGAACGAUAAUCUGGAGAAGGGCGUCUCGAACUCAUGUCCGACGUUCGGAAAUGAACCGCUCAGUGAUGAGGGUACGAAGUUCGGGGUAUUGGGGGUGGAGUUAUGGUACCUUGGGGCAGAGUGA